AUGGUGGAACCGACAGCCGAAGAGCUCGAGAGCCUCAUCGCGGGAGCACGUAAACUAUGGGAUCUUGACGAAAACAGGCUAAAACCGGGUGCAGAUUACGCGAUAAAUGUGCAGGAGGGAAAAAAGCAAUGGGACCGUCGCGACGCGGCUGCCGAGAAGCUUUUUAAGGGCGUCAAGCGCGAGAUAUGGAAGAAGCCGACAUUUAUUAUCUUUUACAACCUGCUCGACAACUACGAACGGGAAACCGGCCAGGCGGAGGUGGAGACGGCGCAGGAGCGCAAGGAGGUCAACGACUUUCUGACAGCUUGCAUGAACACCAAGGUGAUGCAGUACUGUCACAAGUACUGUGCUGCGCGGGGUGUGGCGCCGGAGGGGGAGGCGGACUUCAAGAAGGUCUUGUACCAGAUGUGGUUCAGUCUGUACCGCAGAGACGGUCAGAACGACUCUUGCGGAUUUGAGCACGUAUUCGUUGGCGAGAGCAAGGGCGACAGCGUCACCGGUUUUCACAACUGGAUCCAGUUUUACAUCGAGGAGGGACGGGGCAACGUGGACUACCUGGGCUACGUCAAGCCCAAGUACGGCAGGGACAGCACGGACGACGAGGACCGAUUGCUUACUGUUACCUUCAGCUGGAAGGGCGAGGAAAAGAACGUAUCAACGUUCUUCGUGGGCACCUCGCCAGAGUUUGAACUGGCACUCUACACAAUGUGCUUCCUGUGCAACCCUGAGGAGAACAACACCUUUUUGGAGAUUGGACCAUACGACCUCAACAUCGUGUGCUACCGGAUUCGCUCCAAGUACGGCGACAAGGUACAUAGUAUUGUCGACGCAGCACCGUGCGAGCACCUUCAGGUUUUAUCCCUUGCUUGGCUCUAUUCGGGCCCUAGGCGGCCGGUUCUGAGGCUAUGA